AUGCAAUCUGUUUCUACAAACAUUUGUGAAAGACUGUGCAAUAAGUCCAUCCGUGAAAUUUCCUUGGUACUAAAUAUUCCACAGUCAUUUGUUAGUGGUAUUAUAACAAAGUGGAAGCAACUGGGAACAACAGCAAUUCAGCCACAUGGUAGGCCACGUAAAAUAACAGAGCGGGGUCAGCGCAUGCUGAAGCGCACAGUGCGCAGAAGAGGUCGCCAUCUGUCUGCAGUCAGUAGCUAAAGACCUCCAAACUUCAUGUGGCCUUCAGAUUAGCACAUCAACAGUGCUUAGAGAGCUUCAUAGAAUGGGUUUCCAUUGCCAAGCAGCUGCAUCCAAGCCUUACAUCACCAAGUGCAAUGCAAAGCAUCCGAUGCAGUAGUGUAAAGCAUGCCGCCACUGGACUCUA